AUGACUCGGGCUUAUACUUAUUUUUUGCUUUUGUUUGUACAGGUGGAGACGGAGCAGAUAGUGUGUGAUACGACGGAGCCGACGCUGUCACGAAUGCGCGUUUCUGCGUUGGUGCAGCAUCGUGGAUCCGUGCCUCUCUUCUGGUCUCAGGACACUGCUCGUCUGGUGGUAGGGAAACCGCCUUUGGCCAUCACAUGGCAGGAUCCCUCCUAUGAGGCCUUUGGCAAACACUUUGCUGAUCUCAUUGAAAGGCAUGGCGCCCCUGUAAUAGUCUUGAAUCUGAUGAAGCAAAGAGAAAAGCGUCGUUUUGAACAACAGCUGACGGAUGGGUUACUUGAGGGGAUAAAGUUCCUGAAUCAGGUUUGA